GACAGACAGCCGCUCGCUGUGAGGUGCGAUCACUACAAGCAGAUGGACUGACUCCUGUUGGGUUAUUACUGUGGCUAUAUGUCGGCAUUAGGCUAUUUUCCAACAGUCCUAUUGACUCUUUUAGACGUUACAGGGAUUCUCAAGGGAAGUACAUUGCCUGCACCAAGCAAUGUGCGUUUUUUAUCCAAAAACCUGCAGAAUGUUCUACACUGGAAAUCACCUGAAGAGAACGAAGCAAGGAUGUGGUACACUGUGCAGUAUAAAAUAUAUGGAGAAUCUUGGAAGGACAAGAUAGAAUGUCAGAACAUUACCAAGACAUACUGUGACCUCUCCAGUGAGACAGAGGAUUACGACGAUUACUAUUAUGCCAGAGUAAAGGCUGUUUCAGGAGCAAGUUUUUCAGAUUGGAAUCAAAGCAGCAGAUUCAAUCCUAAAGGGGAAACAAAUAUUAGUGCUCCACGUGUAUAUGUCGAAGCCACUAACUGUUCCAUUGCCAUUACAUUUAUUGGACCCGAAAUAUGGAAGAGCAACAACCAGACUCCAGUCAACCCUUCACUUAUUGAUAUCUUUGAAUUGAAAUACAAUGUGUCGAUCUUCAACAAAAACAGUAAAAAAACAACGAGCUUCCUGCAAAAUGCUUACAACAAUAAACGACUUGAGGAUUUGAAAUGUGACACCACUUAUUGUGUAACAGUCAGAUCGUUGACGGACUUCAUUAACAAACAAAGUGAACCUUCUGAAAUGAUGUGUGUAAGGACUCCUAAAGAUCAUGCAACAGAAAUAGUUAUCUUGGUCAUAUAUGGAUGUGUUUUACCAGUCUUAAUUCUUGUUUCUGUGUUUGUUUUUUGUUGCUGUGUCAUGUACAAAUAUGUGUAUAACAGCAAUCAGAAACAACCUUUAAAUCUGCUUCUCCAAUAUCAUCAACCAAAUAGUGCACUUGUAGUUCUUCCACCUGAGCUGCUGAACAUUAAUAUUCUUGUUCUCGAAAAUGAGAGGAAAAUGUUGUCACAUGACUGCUUGGAAACUGAGGAUUGCAAAGUCUCCCUACUGUCCCAGUGCAGCACCGAGUGUCCUGAUAAAAUGAAGACAAAACAUUUGGCAAUAGACAAUGGCAAAAACAUGUACAUGUCUCAAACUAUCCAAAAUUCAUCAUUAGAACACAGUGGAGAUCGCCAAGAUAGCAGGCAAAGUAAUGUUCAGCCUCAACAAAAUGAUUAUCAGACCCAAACCCAUUUAUUAAAUAGAGGCGAUCCACAGAGUAAAGUUGAAUAUGGAGUAAUUGUAAUGGAGAAAAGAGAUCACACACAAGAGUCACAAACCAUACAGAUACCUGCUGAUGAACAUGAGGAAGUACUGAGUGCUGGCUAUAAGUCAAGGCUACCUUUACAGCCUUUAAGGCAAGGAGUUUCACAGCGUGAUAUUGAAUAUGGGUUUAUUACAAUCAUCCCAAGUAUUAGCCAACAAUAUAAACAGGACGUCCAUCUACGAGUGAGGGCGACUGAGAAGCCAAAGAGGACUAGUUAUUUGCCAUAUCUACUCCCAAACAGCCAACGUGGAGAGACUGUAUGGAGAAGUACCAAAUGUGCAAGAAUUGAAUCAGCGAGCAAUGCUGACUCACAAGAAAAUGUUUAUCUGCCAAAGGUGUACCCUCAAGAACCAGAACAAAAUCAUUAUCGGUCACAGUUUCACCCGCAGCCGCUGGUUGGAGAGGCUCCAUGGAACAGCAAAACAGUUUGUCCUAUUGAAAUAGAUGACAGCCAGCAUCUGCUGAAUGAAGUGUACCAGGCCAACGAGGAAUCAGAGUCAAUAAUAUUAGAUUGGGAUCCUGACACUCGCAGGCUGGUGAUACCUGCACUCACUGCUGAAGCAAAUUCAGGUGGUAAUGGUUAUUUGCCCCAAAUACAGGAGCUAGAGAUUGAUCUUUUGUCUUCCGUGUGUACAGAGAAAUCUAAUUCUCCAGGCACUGAAUAUGUUGAUAUAUCGCAAUUCCAGAGAAAUUGGGGACUGCAUGUACAAACAUAGUAAGGAGCUGACAUCUUCUGGCUAUGUUGCCUGUGCUUUAACUACUCAGAUUUCAAUUAACUUUGUGUAGUUUUCUUGUAAUCUCACCAGAAAAUUCACCUCUUGAGCCUGAGAAAGAGAAAUAGUGAAUAGAAUCUGCAUCAUAGCAGCUGCAAAGACUUGCUUUAAUGUUUUUUGUUCGCCUAACUGGGCCCUCCAAGGUCUGAGCGUUAAGAGGAUUGGGAGCACAGUAACAUGUGGGUUUCGACUGUAUGUUGCAGGACCCUGGGCCUUCCUCUGUCAUUGCUAGGAUCAGUGCGCAAGGAUCAAUGUAAUUGAUCACAAUUGGUUAACCGUCAGAUAACAACCGUUUGUUAACGGACACCAGUAAAAUUAUUAGCCAAUGUUCAAUCCAUUCAACUAAAGUUGGCAAUGAAAACAAGACAUUGAUGAUCUUAAUACAACUGAAAUAAAUUUGAAAGGAAAGUUGUUUAAAGAGGACAUGAUCUUUUAACUACAUGAAUUUGGUGAACCGUAUUUCAUGUAUUCCAGUGUUGUGAAGCUUCAGAUGGAACACGAUUGCAUUAUCAGGUGAAUUGGUAGCAUUUGAAGUUAUUGCAUUAGAAAGAUGUACAUGUGCUUCAGCUGUUCUUUGUCACCAACAACAAAGAUGAUAAUUAACCAGGCUAAAUGCAUUCUUGUUCAUGUUACAAAGACAGUGUUUAGGUACAGAAAAUUUUAUUUUUAUGUUAUUAGAAUU